UACUAAUCUUAAUAUAUGGACUAUGUUUUCAACAAUGAAACUGAAGCAAGGACCUUCUCAAAAGUCCAUGGUUGGGAGACUGAGAAUGUCGAAGAGAUCGCUUUGAAGAUCUCAGCAUUACCCAAGGCAUCAGGAACCCACAAGAGGAUUACUGUGAUCACUCAGGGCAGUGACCCAGUUGUUGUUGCUGAGGAUGGAAGGCUGAAAUUGUUCCCAGUGAUUCUGUUACCACCAAAGGAGAAGCUGGUGAACACCAAUGGAGCAGGAGACGCUUUUAUUGGGGGACUUCUCUCUCAGUUGGUGCAGUAGAAGAGUAUAGAGGAGUG